AUUGCUACUUGGUCAUUUGCUUGUUGUAUUAAAUUUUAAAUAAUCUUCCCGUAAUUUAAUGUUUAUAAGUUAUAAAUUAUUUUUGUAAACUUUUUUAUUCCACUUCAAAUUUAUCAGGGUUUCAAGUGCCUCGACUAAAGGUUUGCAUUUUAUAAUUAUCAUCAUUAAUAAGCUUGAACCUUGUGAGAAUAAUGAAAUUUGUUUAAAAUACUUUGGAGACUAGGAGCGAGAACUGAAAGGUAUAUUUACUACAAAACUUAGUUAUUGCUAAGUUUGAAACAAACUCUUGUUAUUGUCACGUAGAAUUUAUAAGAUGAGCAAUGCAGAAUAUGUCCAAAUAAAAGACUUGAAGCCCAAUAUGAAGAAUAUAAAUGCAAUUUUUAUUGUGCUGGAAGUGGGCCCGCCGACAUUGACGAAGGAGGCGCGCGAGGUGCGCACAUUGCGCGUUGCGGAUGCGAGUGCAUCAGUAAAUCUGUCCGUUUGGGACGAGCCGGGCGCGCUUUUGCAGCCCGGUGACAUCGUGCGACUCACGCGCGGCUAUGCCUCGCUGUGGCGGCAGGCUCUAACUCUCUACUCAGGAAAAUCAGGUGAUAUUCAAAAAGUUGGAGAGUUCUGCAUGUUAUUCAAUGAGCAGGUGAAUAUGAGUGAGCCACAACCAGCUCCGACACCACCAGCUGCUACUCCUGCAGUACCAGCCCCUGCAGCUUCUGCGCAACCUGCUUCUGACCGUUAUAACCAAGCAUCAGAGCACAGUGGUCCUGGAAAGCACCCACAUCGAACUUAUGUACGUGGUCGAGGACACCAACGCGGAAACAACCGCAGGUAGCCCUUGCCUUAGCACAUGUUUGUUUAUAACUAAAAUGGUUCUUCAAAGUAUUUCAUUAAAUUAAUCUGUUAUAAUUUGUAUAUAAAAUAGUUAUAAUUAAAUUUUACAUUUAGUAAAGUAACAUUAAAUGUACUGCGGAUUUGCUUAGUGCCUGGAUGCUAUAACUUGUGUUCUGUAAAUCCACUUGAACUUUUAAGUUUUAUGUUAUUAUGUAACACUCAUCAGAUCAUAAUAGGUUAAAUGAAAGGUGUAACAAUGGUGUUGACUAUUAUUAGUGUAUAAAUUUUUACAUGUAAUUGUAUUUAUAAUCAGUUUUAUUAUAAAGCUGACAUAAAUUGUAGCGCUAAGCAGUGUUGGUUUUGAGUAGUCAUGCACAAUAGAAUUUUUUUCUUUAUAUUUAAUAAACAAUUUUAUUAAUUAAUUGGAUAUAUCUGGAACUGCACUUACUGCAAAUUUUAGUGAUAUUCAUAUUAAGUUAAAUUUAUGAAUACUAAUAUGUAAAUUGUGGUAAUACAAAAAGUCAUUAUUUGAAAAGAGUAAUUAAAUGUAAUGUCUGUUACAAUUCAUUUGCAUUUUUAUAUUAAAUCCAUUCAUUUGAGUUAAAUUUGCUACAUUCAUUUACCUAUAUCAUCUAGUAAUUUUAUUUUGUAUAGUUUGCCAUGAAUUGUACUAUUUAAUUGUACACUAGCGGAGCCGACAGAUGUUGUCCUGCAUAUUUCAAGUGAUUAGGAUAUUAAACAAAGUAUGAGAAUGAAAGAUAUAUGAUGUAAUUAUGUAUUCUUUAUUUUGAAUCAAACCGUUUGGUUACGCGCCAAGAGUUCUACUAGUUAAACUAUCCAAGACUCGUACCUACCUCAAAAACUAGCUUGUUUAUUUGCUCUAUACAUAAAUGACCUAGAUACUGACUGCCGGGCAGAUUGGUGAAUCUAAACUAUCUACUUAAGGAGUUUAGUAACUUUCACAAGUACAGUACAAUUAUAUGUACAAUAAUCAAAAAAAAAUUAACACAGACUUAUUUUAUAUAAACCUCAA